GUUUCAUAUCCUUGACUCUGCUUCUCCUCUUUCAUCAAUCUCUCUCUCUCUCUGAUGAAACCCUCAAAUCCCCCACAAUUCUCGUCAUUAAAACCCUGUAAUUUCCCCCAAUUUUCGUUAUAAAAACCCUCCAAUUCUUCAACGAUGAUGAAUCUCGUGUCUUGCUUAAAUUGCCACACGCAGUUGCAGCCUCCGCCGGGAGCUACAUCGAUAAGAUGCGCCAUAUGUCAAGCCAUCACCCACCUUAACGACCCUCGUGUCGGAGCUCCGCGGCCUCAUACCGGUGGUUAUCCGGCACCUUCUUCAUCCUCUUAUGCUCCUCACCAACCCUCGCCUUACAACCACACUCCGCCAGGGCCUCCGCCGUCUGCACAUGGCAGGAAGAAGGCGGUGAUCGUAGGCAUAUCGUAUAAAAACUCGACGCAUGAACUUAAAGGAUGCAUUAAUGAUGCUAACUGCAUGAAAUAUCUUCUGAUUAAUAAGUUUAAUUUUCCUGAAGCUUCUAUAAUCAUGCUUACCGAGGAACAAACAGACCCUUACAAAAUUCCAACAAAGCAUAACAUGAGGAACUACAAUGGUGAUGAGGUUGAUGGAUAUGAUGAAACCUUAUGCCCUCUGGAUUAUGAGACACAGGGUAUGAUUGUUGAUGAUGAAAUUAAUGCAAGUAUCGUUAAGCCUCUUCCUUUUGGGGUUAAACUUCACGCCAUUAUUGAUGCUUGCCAUAGUGGCACUGUACUGGAUCUUCCAUUCCUUUGCAGAAUGAACAGGAGUGGGCAAUAUAUAUGGGAAGAUCAUCGACCUCGGUCAGGUAUAUAUAAAGGUACCAAUGGCGGUGAAGUCAUUUCCAUAAGUGGUUGUGAUGAUGAUCAAACAUCUGCUGAUACAUCUGCAUUAUCAAGGAUCACAUCAACAGGAGCCAUGACUUUUUGUUUUAUUCAAGCCAUAGAACAUGGAAAUGCAUCAACUUAUGGACACUUAUUAGCUUCCAUGCGUAAUGCCAUCCGUAGUGCAAGAACCGACAUGGGUGGCGGUGGCGGUGGUGGGGCGGUGACUUCUCUUCUCUCUAUGUUAUUGACAGGCGGCAGUCUCACCGGUGGACUAUCCAGUGGUGGACUUACCCAGGAGCCACAAUUGACAGCAUGUCAGCCUUUUGAUGUGUAUGCAAAACCGUUUUCCUUGUAAUUUAUGAUGGUGAUUAUUCGAUUACUUGACAAUUGACUCAUUUAUGAAAAAAGGGGUUCGGGUUCUUUGCAAAAUUUAGGUGAGUGGUUUAUAAUUUGUGAUAGUGAUGGAUUUUAUUUCAUAUGUUUUGAUUAUUUAUUGUUUUAAGGACUUGGAUCAUUUCGUGUAAAUUUAAUUUAUUUUAUGAUUUUAUUGUAAAAACCGGAGACAUACUCUUUGAUUUUUAUAGAAAGAAACUAUCUUGAGUAGAAAAAGAAAUAGUCAUUGUGAGUAUGUAUAACUAAAGACAUAAGAUCACAAACUAACAUGAUUGUAAAGGUUAUUUGUCUAAUUCGAGAUGAAUGAGUGAAGUAUUGAUG